AAAAGGCGGGCGAUUUGCCCGCUCUCGAAUACAAAAUGACACAGUCUCUUUGCCGCGUACGGACUCAGCAAUAUCGUUUAGUCUUCACAUUUUAAAAUGUCUCCUCUUCCUUCCUUGGUCUAGUGUUCUCGAGAGAGAAGCAGCAAGCAGGGGCAGAGCAAUCGCGGCAAACCAUCAGAUAAAGCUCUGCUAGCUGCAACAAAGUACAGUGAACAAUGGCGGACGCUAGUCCCCCCAACCCCAAGAAACAAGUAAUCAAGGACUCGGAAGAACAAUUUGAGGACCCAACCCCUUUGAAGAAAUUAAAAGUAGGCCGAACAGACAACGAAUCUAUUGAAAAUAACCCUCUUCUUGAAGAUCUUUAGUUCCCUCGUUUUGAUGCUAUUACUGCCGAUCACAUUCGCGAUGGGAUACCUAUAUUGUUGAAGAAGCUGGAAGAAGAUUUUACUGAAUUGGAGAAUAUGAUAGAGCUUGGAGCAGAAGUGACAUGGUCUACAAUUGUAUUGCCAUUUGAGAAGAUUGUUGAACGGUUGACUAAGCCUUGCGAGAUUGUCUGUCUCCUUAAGAAUCUUAAACACUCUGAAAAGCUUCGUGAUGCUCUUAAAGAAGUCUUGCCACUCAAGGUGAGUUUUGAUAUGAAAUUGACUCAAAGCAAAGCAAUUUAUAAGGCCUUCAAAUCUAUUCGAGAAUCUCAUGAUUGGGAGACAAUGAGCGAUGCAUGGAAACGAAUAGUUGAAUGGCAUAUCAAGGAGUCGGACCUGGCCGGUAUCAAUCUUGAUGAUGCUAAGAGAGAGUAUCUUAGAGAUAUUGAACAGAAACUAGAAGAUCAAUAUAAAAAAUUUGAGGAGAACGUGCUAGACGCCACAGAAGCAACUCAAAUGCUAGUUAUCGAAGUAGGCAAUGUUUUGGGAUUGCAUAUUGGUCUACUUCAGGCGGCUGCGGAACGAGCAAUAUUGAAGGGACAUGAAGAUGCAACGUCUGAAAAGGGGCCUUGGCUAUUCACUCUCGAAGAUUAUGAGCAAAUUCAGAUGUAUGCUGAAAACCGGUCUUUUCGUGAAGAGGUUUACUUUGCUCUUGGAACUUGUGUCUCAACCGGAGAUUUAAACAAUACUCCAGUCAUCGAGUCAAUUUUAUCACUCAGAUUGCAGAAGGCUAAGCUUCUGGGUUAUAAUAACUAUGCCGAGGUAAGCAUGAAAACAAAGUGUGCUACCAUUGAAAAAGCGAAAAAUCUGCUAGAAGAACUCCAAAAUAAGCUUUGGAAAGCUGGACUUGAAGAGAUUGAAGAACUUAAGCAUAUUGCUGGAGAACAGAAAGCUGAAGAAGCUGAGGACUUCAGGCCUUGGGACACCGCCUUUUGGACAGAACUGCUACUUGAAACCAAAGUUCCAGGCUAUCAGGAGGGCACGAACCGGUACUUCAUCUAUUCCGAUGUCAAGGAUGCACUAUUCCACUUAGCAUCUGUGAUGUUCGACAUUCAUAUUGCACCUGCUGAUGGCACAGCUCCGGUUUGGCACAAGGAUGUGAAAUUAUAUUCUGUCUCAGAUUCUCACACCACUGUUGGAUACAUAUAUUUCGAUCCAUUUUCUCGCCCUGAGAAAAUGGGUGGGGCAGCGACGGGUGGAUUCUUUUCCAGAACUGUAGAUUAUGACAUGAGUUCUAGAAGGUUGCCUAUGGCAUACAUUUUCUGUAAUAUAAGUCAGCCAUCAAAGGAGAUCAAUCAGAUUUUUAUGUCUUUUGAUGAGGUGCGAACUCUUUUCCAUGAAUUUGGACAUGCAUUUCAGCAUGUACUGACAAAGCAAGAUGAAGUACUAGUGGCUGGUUUUCAGAAGAUAGAGCAAGAUUGUGUUGAGGUACCCUCCACAUUCAUGGAAAAAUGGUGUUACCACUGGGACACUUUAAGAAGAAUUGCAGGAGUUCAACUGAAGAGAAAAGGGAAAAAAGAGAGAAGAGGUGGAAACUUGCAGCCUCUUAAAGAUAAAACUCCAAUUUUGGAUACUCUUGAUGAGAUAAGGACGGCAAUUGUUGAUUUAGAGCUGCAUACAAGUUAUACACCUGCUGGGUCAGAGUCUAUUCAUGAUGUUUAUCUUCGACCACGAAGUGUGAUUCCUGUACAUCCUGGGGACAAGUCAAUUUGUACCUGGAUCCAUAUAUUUGGAGGUGGAUAUGAAGCUGGGAUGUAUGGCUAUAAGUGGUCUGAGAUGUUUUCGACCGAUGCUUUCUCAGUAUUUGAAGAUGCCGGACUGGACAAUGAAAAGGUUCUCAUAACAAAAGGGUGCGAGUUCCGAGAUUCUGUUCUUGCUGUUGGAGGUGGGAAGGCACCCGAAAAGAUUUUUGAGGAUUUCCUGGGACGUCAACCUACAUUGGAUGCACUAGUCAAGCACAAGCUUAGUUUGUAGGAAAAUUCUGAAAUACCACACAAUAAGUAGUCAUGAGUUGAAUAUCAACCAGAAGGAAGGGGUAUGUAGUUCUGAAGCACUUAGGCCUAGAAACAGAGACAACUAGGAAUCAGUUAAGCAAGAAGUUCAAACCAGAAUUCAGGUAUCCAUGCAUCCUAUCACAUAUACAGUGGAUCCAUUCUCAGACUUUUGAACUUGAAUCACAAGGUAGAGAAGAUAUACAAAAAAUCAGGAUUACAAAAGGACACCAUUUUGUUGGUCAUCACAACCACAAUUAGCUGCUACUCAAGUUAUAGAAAAGGAUUGUAUUUUACUCCAAAUCAAGAAUACAAAAAGAUUGAAUGUUACUUGUGAGACAACAAUCUGUGUUUAA